UCCGCGCACCGCUCCGCGCACCACCCCUCCGUGGGCGGCGGGGCUUCCUGCCUCCCCCAUCCCCACGCGGCCCUCCCGGAAGUGGGGGCGGGCCCCACCUCGGCCGCACAGACCCCGCCCUUCUGGCCGGGGGACCCCCGCUUCACCUCUCGGAGCCUAGGUUUCUGCAGCCACGGAGUGGGGCGGGCGCCCCCAGCCGGGCCUUCUUCCCAGGGUAGCUGUUACAGCUUUAUGUUAUUCCUGCCUUUUAUCAUCAAAAUGUGAAUGAUUCUGGAGCCAGUUUACAAAGAGAAGCUGGGAAAUAACAAGGGAAAGUAAGUCCACUUCUGUGUAAGAAAGCAGAGUUUGCUAAGUGCUUCCCGCCCGGUUCUUCUGUUUUUCCCUAUAACCCUGUAGGGAGGUAGAGCAGAGGUUUGAGACUCAGAGAGUUGCCUUGGCCAAGUCGAAACUAGAACCAGGUCUCUGGUGCCUUUUUUCGUUUCCUUCAUCGUCCCAGGAGGUCCCCUCCCUUCUGGGCCUGCUUCCCUGUGGGUCUGGGGUGUGCUGUGCUGUCUCCCCAGUCACUCCUACCAAGCCCAUUGGCGCUGAUCAGGGCGGGUUUGCUGACCACACCAGGGCUCUGAGUGACCCACGGUAAAAUGAGAGUGCCGGGAAGGAAACAGGAGGUGGGAGUUAAUGCUUGUGGGCCCCUGCUAUGUCGAAAGGACUGUGCUGGCGGGUUCGUGUUGCGGGAAGGGCCGGGGGUAGGGAUACAGGGCGCCCGCGCCUCCGGCUGUGGGGUGUAUGUUCUGAGCUGACUGCCUACAGGCGGGAGGGAGACAUGUGACCACUGAGUCCUUCAUCAGCUGGUGCUCCCAGAAAUGGACAGCAGUCAGAUGAGAGGCUCUGCUUGCCCUCAUGACCUCUCUGUGUUAAGCAUUUUCAGGACACGAGAUGCCGUGCUGCUCUCCGUGAGCUGGUCGUCGAGUGUGCCUCCUGCAGCCCUUUGUGAACCUCCGGCUGUGUGGGGGCUUGGCGGUGCCCCUUGCCAAGAUGAAGUGCGUCUUAGUGGCCACAGAAGGUGCAGAGGUCCUCUUCUACUGGACAGACGAGGAGUUUGCAGAGAGUCUGCGGCUGAAGUUCGGGUUUGAGGGAGAAGAGCUUCCUGCCAUGGAGGACCAGCUCAGCACCCUCCUGGCCCCAGUCAUCAUCUCCUCCAUGACCAUGCUGGAGAAGCUCUCAGAUACAUACACGUGCUUCUCAACGGAAAAUGACAACUAUCUGUACGUCCUUCACCUGUUUGGAGAAUGCCUGUUCAUUGCCAUCAAUGGAGACCACACGGAGGGCGAGGGUGACCUGCGGCAGAAGCUGUGCGUGCUCAAGUACCUGUUCGAGGUGCACUUCGGGCUGGUCACCGUGGAUGGCCAGCUCAUCCGAAAGGAGCUGCGGCCCCCAGACCUUGAGCUGCGCAUCCAGGUGUGGGAGCAUUUCCAGAGCCUGCUGUGGACAUAUGGCCGCCUGCGGGAGCAGGAGCAGUGCUUCGCUGUGGAGGCUGUGGAGCGAUUGAUUCACCCUCAGCUCUGUGAGCUAUGCAUAGAGGCCCUGGAGCGGCAUGUCAUCCAGGCCGUGAACUCCAGCCCCGAGAGGGCCGGCGAGGAGGCCCUGCACGCCUUCCUGCUCGUACACUCCAAGCUGCUGGCCUUCUACUCCAGCCACAGUGCCAGUUCCCUGCGCCCAGCUGACCUCCUCGCCCUCAUCCUCCUGGUCCAGGAGCGCUACCCCAGCGAGACCACAGCGGAGGACGACGACCCUCAGAAGCCGUGGAGCAGCCAGAGCAUCCCCGUGCAGCAGGCCUGGGGCCCUGCUUCCACAGCCCGGGCCAGGAGGAGUUCUGCAGCAACCGAGACCGACAGCUUCUCCCUCCCUGAGGAGUACUUCACACCAGCUCCUUCCCCCAGGGAGCACAGCUCAGGUAGCACCGUCUGGCUAGAUGAGGGCACCCCACCCACCGAUGCUCCCCAGGUCCAGAUAGCUGAAGACAGCCUCCAGACGCUGGUCCGUCCCUCCCCAGUCGCUUCCGGCCCCAGAAGGAUUUUCCUAGAUGCCAACGUGAAGGAGAGCCACUGCCCCAUGGUGCCCCACACUGCCUACUGCCUGCCUCUGUGGCCGGGCAUCAACAUGGUACUCCUAACCAAGGGCCCCAGCACCCCCCUGGCCCUCGUCCUGUACCAGCUGCUGGACGGGUUUUCCCUACUGGAGAAGAAGCUGAAGGAGGGGCAGGAGGCCGGGAGCACCCUGCGGUCCCACCCCUUCAUGGGCGACCUGCGGCAGAGGAUGGACAAGUUUGUCAAGAAUCGCGGGGGGCAAGAGAUUCAGAGCACCUGGCUGGAGUUCAAGAGCAAGGCUUUCUCCAGGAGCGAACCCGGAUCAUCCUGGGAGCUGCUCCAGGCGUGUGGGAAGGUGAAGCGGCAGCUUUGUGCCAUCUACCGUCUCAGCUUCCUGACCACAGCUCCAGGCCGGGGGGGCCCCCAUCUGCCCCAGCAGCUACAGGGCCAGGUGCAGGCCGUCAUGCAAGAGAAGCUGAUGGACUGGAAGGACUUCUUGUUGGUGAAGAGUAGGAGGAACGUCACCAUGGUGUCCUACCUAGAAGACUUCCCGGGCUUGGUGCAUUUCAUCUAUGUGGACCGCACGGCCGGCCAGAUGGUGGCACCUUCCCUCAGCAGCAGUAAAAGGAUUUCGUCAGAGCUGGGCAGGGGGCCACUGGCCACCUUCAUCAGAACCAAGGUCUGGUGUCUGAUCCGGCUGGCGCGCAGAUGCCUGCAGAAGGGCUACAGCACGCUGCUGUUCCGGGAGGGCGACUUCUGCUUCUCCUACUUCCUGUGGUUCGAGAACGAGAUGGGGUACAAACUCCAGAUAAUAGAGGUGCCUGUCCUCUCGGAUGACUCGGCCUCCAUCGGCGUGCUGGGAGGAGACUACUACAGGAAGCUCCUGCGCUACUAUAGCAAGGGCCACCCCGCUGAGGCCGUCAAGUGCCACGAGCUGCUGGCCCUCCACCUGUCGGUCAUCCCCACAGACGUGCUGGUGCAGCAGGCCGGCGAGCUGGCCCGGCGCCUGUGGGAGACCUCCCGCCUCCCCUUGCUCUAGGCCAGGGCACUGCAGUCUGGCUGUGCACCCCGGCCCCCUGCAGAGCAGCCGCUAGAGAGCCUAAGAGAGCCAGGGGCCUUUCUUUAAGACAGCCCCCUGGCUCUCUUAAAGAGACCCCUGGCUCUCUUAAAGAAACCACCUAGACUAGGCUCCCCUCCAGGUACUCCAAACCCCCAAAUCCUUCUCUUUGGGGGAGGAGGGAGGCCAGGGGAGUCCCUUGGUCUCCUUAAAACAACAGUGGCUGUGAGGUUAGAACUAGGGCAUCUGCUUUCAGAGCUGCCUCUCCCUUGAUCCCCAGGAGACAGGAAGUCCCCCGGGGCUUGCGGGCGUCUGAAGAUACCUCCUUUAUGCUUUCCUUGGAGUGGAGAGAGAGCUUCCUCGGGAAGCCGUUUCCCUCCCCAGAUGCAAGGUGCUGCCUUGGCUGGGUGGGCCGCUUCCUCUCUGCAGCUCUGGGCGGGUUUCCUAUACUCUACAGCCGUUUCCCCCACAUUCAGAGGGAUAGCACCUACCUCUCGGGGUGGUUGUGAGGGCUGCCCGGCACACGGCAGGUGCUCAAUAAAUGCUGGUUGUGGUCACUGUUGUUCAAGCCAAACGUGCCUGGGCUCCUGGGCUCUUCCUGGUGCAUAGAAGUCCUGGUCCAUCCGCACCCUGCUCCAUCUCGACUCCUGCCUCAGCCCCACCUCAGAGAUCUGUGUCCCUUGGUCCUCUGGAUCCCAAGCAGAGGUUUAUAAAAACUCCCCAGCCGAUCCCUACGUGCCCUGGGUUGAGAACCACUGCCUCAGGGGGACGGCCCCUCUCCUGUCACGCAGAAGCUCCCACCGCAGGUCAGGGCACCUGAGCCGUGGGACUGGGGAGCGUCUGCCGCGGGUAGGAGAGAAGCACCGUGGCAGGAGGAGGCGCCCAGGCAGCGUUUCUGACGUGUUGACAGUAGCUGGGCCUUCCAUGUCUUCAGUCUUGAGCCAGAAUUCAUGCAGAGACUCUUUUCUGUUAAGGAGACAGCUGGUGGGGGUGAAGUGGGGGCAGAACCACACCUCACACUAAUGUCCUCAGACGUGGCAGUGAGGGACAGUCACCUGAGGUGACUGGGACCACAUGCCUCCUUAAUAUCUUGACUUUACGAAUGGAAAUUUAACAUCAGUUGUGGAAAACACAGAAGAGCACAAAGCGGGGGAAAGUAAGUCUAGAUGCCCACUGCUGCUUAGGGUACCCGCUUCUGUCACCUACUGUUGUCCCUUAAUUUUUAGUAGCUGCAUGAUGUUGACAUGUCUAGUUGAACCAAUCCCCCGAAUUUUUCAAUAUUGUAACACUGGGGCGAGCAUCCUGCAUCAGACUCCAGCAUAGUUUCGCACACAGUGUAAACCUGACGUGCGGAGGGGUGUCUCGGUCAUGAGUAGAAGGAUCCGCGGAAGGCUCUCCUGCUCAGACGCACCUUCUCUGCAUACUCUCCCAAUUUUAAGGUGCACUUCUAAUAGCGGGUUUCUAGAAUAUGGACAGAUGUCAUGGCAGUACAGAAACUCAACUCUUGGGUGCUUUUUUCCUCUAACAAGAGGAAUGGCCUGCUAGCUAAUGGGCAGAGAACAAAGGAGCUCCUAAUUCCAGGCAGUCCAAAGCAUAGCAAGAAAGUGUGUUACCUGAAAAUAUUUGCAGAUGUGAUCUUUAAUCCUUGAGGAUUCUGGGGAAAUGGGAAAGGUGCCAAAGACAAGAGCGAUGUCCAGACUGUCAAAAGAAGAAGGCAAACCCCAAACUCCCCAGCCCUUGCAGGCUCCCGCGGCAGCCUCUUCUGAAUGCAAAGUGUUUCAGGGUCUGGGAGGGAGCACUCAGCUCUCUGGGAGCACGCUGCAGUGACAGAUGUCCCCCCGGCCCCCGUAGUUUUGCUGAGGCCCUGGUCAAGGCAACCCUGUGGGGUGUAGAGCCGCUCACCUCUGCAGGCAGAAAGAUGGGGAGCUAGAGCAGAGUCUGACCAGUAUCUCAGGAUUCGCUCCCCAGCACACCCCGGACAGUAAACUCCUUAAGGAGGCGUAGGACAGUGCUGGGGAGGGGGCCCCACCAACCUGCUCACUGGCUGCAUGACCUCCGCUACCCCUUCUCCAAGCCUCCGUGCCCCUCGUCCAUGAAAUGGGAAUUCUGGGGCCUCCGUGAGCACAGCGCCUCACACGUGGGAGCCCUAGAGUGACCAGCACAGUGGCUCUCCUCUGCGGCCUGGAGGGGACCCAACUUCUGCCCGGUGAACUGGUGGCCUCCUGAGACUCUGCCCUGUGUGGACUCCAUGAGCUGCAUGUCCUCAUGGCCCGAAUCCAAGUACGGCAGCUGGACUGCAGCUUCUCCUCUCUUCCUGUUUGCUCCCUGCCCCUUCCCC